CCAUGAUCACACAGGAUCGAAUGUCAAGGCGAUAUUUCUUCCCACCUGGGCCCAAUUUCACACGGGACAAUUACUCUGUUAUUAACGUACCUUUAUUACUAUCAUUAUUAUAAUUAAUUCUACCGGGGUCGACUUAGCUUUUCGUCCUAUCGGGAUCGAUAACAUACGUAGCAGUUAGACAUUGAGGUCGAUGUAAUCGGCUAGUGCCCUUCCCACGAAAUUCCAGGAUUUGUGGCUAUAGUAGAAAGGAUUAUUAAUUGCGUCGUUAUUUUUAUUAGUAUUAUAUUGGGGGUGAUCUCGCCACCCCGCUUUUUAUUGCAAGUAAAUACACCCCACCCCACUGUUCCUUAUUUCUCUCUGCAUUUCACCUUUCUACUAUCGCCAAUGUCUCAGGGCCAACAAUAAAAGAAACCACCAUUAUUAUUAUUAUUAUUAUUCCUGCUUUGUCAGUCUAUUAUAUAUAUAAACAUACACACCUGUGUGUGUGUAUAUAUAUAUAUAUAUAUAUACACACACACACAUAUAUACGCACGCCUGUGCGUCUACACACCUGAGUGUCUAUACAUUCAGGUGUGUAGACACCUUUCACUGGACGGAACCCAAUCAUUAUGACGUUACAGGACAGGAAGCUAACCUGUUUCCAGGACACUGUGCGUAGCUAAUAUGGAGAAUUUUGAAACCUCUGCUUGUCGUUUAUGUGGUGACAAACAUCAGAUAGGAAAGUGUCCGAACACAACGUGUACACAACCAGCAACACCACAAUCAUCACAACAACAACAACCAGAUGUUAUAUCUGAUGGAACCCCUUCACCACAUUCCUCCUCUUCACCACAUUCCUCAUCUACUUCAUCCUCGUCUUCGACAUCACCGUCGCAAACGCAGGAAGCGAAGUCGGAACGUUCUGAGAAGAAAAAAAGACUUCAAGGUCGCUGUUUUAAAUGUCACCGAAUGGGUCACUAUGCCCGCGACUGUUAUUCAGACCGGUGUUACCAGUGCCACAAGAGCGGACACUUGGCUAAACACUGUUUCAUGUUUGUUAGCCGGUGUUACAUAUGUAACCAACUUGGUCACGUGGCUCGACAGUGUAACCAAGAAAUACUGAGUGGUUGCUGUUACAACUGUGGCCAACAGGGACAUGUCCAGCGCUACUGCCCCAGCUUGAUCUAUCGUACUUGCUAUCGUUGUGGCGAAACCGGGCAUGUAGCUCGCAAAUGUGUCCAUUUGUCCGGCAGUACGUACAAUGGAAACAAUAAUACCACUAAACUGGAUGGUACGGUUUCAAAACCUGAUACAGCGUCAGAAAAUUUUUCAACUACCAGUACUACCGCAGACAUCAGAAACAACAACACUGCUGUUCCCACCACCACCACUGUAACUACUAUCAAUACCAAUAUGACCACCAUUAGCGUUGACUACACUAUCAACACCGCCACUUCAACCACUGACAUCUCCGCCGCUCCUGAUGAUGCAGUCAAUACUGACACAACCAAGGAUGCUACCACUACCACUGUUAGCGCUACUAUUCCAAGCACUAUCACUUCUACUACUGAUGCCAUUAGUACCACCACCACAAGUACUACCACCACCACAAGUACUACCACCACAAGUACUACCACCACAAGUACUACCACCACAAGUACUACCACCACAAGUACUACCACCACAAGUACUACUCCCACCACUAGUGCUAUAGAUACUAGUGGCCUGUCUCUCGCCACAGACUAUUCUGUGGUUAGAACUGACAAUGUUGAUGAAACCAGUGGCAUUGCAAUGAGUGAUAUUCAGGCAAUCCAAAAGCAAGACAGCGACUCGGACAGCAGCACCAGUGAUUCGGAAAUAAUUUACCGUGUUAAACUUGAAAGUAGUCAAAGUUCGACUGGGUCGGAAAUGAUUUGCAGAAUGGGUAGUAGUGAAGAUGAAGAUAUGGAGGCUCGGAGGACUCUUCUAUUGAGAGACUUUGAAGAAGUCGAAGGAACUACUGAACUCUGUGAGCAGACAGCUACGGCGAGAUUAUCCGAUACCGAAGGAGACCAGUUUGACAUUCAUGGGAAAAAUCCAGACGAGUCAAAAGAGACUAGUAAUGAAGUUUGUCCUGAAGGUAAUCCCAGCAGAGACGGGUCACUAGAAUCUAAUGCUGCUCCUAGUUCAGGAGAUAUUAAUUCAAAUGACAACCUAACAGAAUUUAAAAAUUAUUUUGAAACCGCAAGUGAAGUGAGCAAUCCCCAGGCCGUGUCUGACCGAAGCAUCCCCGAGAAGAGGUCGGUCACAAAUAGCCCUGGGAAGCAAGCAAUGCAUGAUGUUGGUCACGAUCUUGUGGUAUCGGAUAAAAGCUCUAUGGUGUCUAAUAAUUUCGACUAUCAAGCUAACAAUGAGAUCAAUCGUUUAACAACGGCAUUAAGUUCAAAUGACUACGAAGCAGUCAGUGGUUCGAAUAACGACAGGUCUAUCUCUAUGACCAACACUGAGAUCAAUUUUAGUUGUGUCGUUCUGGAUGAGACCGUAACUUGUAAUUCUAGAGAAUUGUCAAGAGAGCCCAGUUCUAGCAUAGAUCUCACAACAGAACAGAACGCUCAGUUGGAGAAAAGCGAAGAAUUCAAUGCUUCUUGUAAAGUUUCAAAGUUAACCGAAGACGUCAUUGAUACAAGCGGCUCUGACAGCGAUCAACUGACGUCAUCGGAUGACACUGUUGUUUCAGCAAAAGACACCCUCACAACUACUGAUGUUGAAUACGAUACAACUACAACCACAGCGGAUUCUGCAGCAGACCUCCCCGCUAUAACGGAAAUUGAGGACUCUAGAGUUAUUACUACUACAGACACUGCGACUUCUACAGCUGCAACGGACACUGCGACUCCUACAGCUGCAACGGACACUGCGACUCCUACAGCUGCAACGGACACUGCGACUCCUACAGCUGCAACGGACACUGCGACCCCUACAGCUGCAACGGACACUGCGACCCCUACAGCUAAUGGUAUCAACGGAGAUGACAAUCGCGAUGGUUCCCUUAUUACAGCUGACCUAACUGCAUCAGCAGAGCCCUCUGCUCCUACUGUUGAUUUCGUAGCUAACGUAAAAGAAAGCUUAGAAAGGCUGGUAACUACUGCUAAUCAUUUUGGUAAUGGUGUGAAUGAUAUGGAUUCUGAAAUUGAUGAAAGCUUCCAUUCACCAAGAAAUAUUGCCGGUGUAAUAGAAGCAGUGACAGCGCCUCCGGCUUUGUCUCCGAUUGUAUCGCCAAUAGCGCCGUCGCGCGUCUCGCUGGCCUUGUCACCAAUUGUUCCGGGACGUGUGUCACCGGCUGCAUCACCAGUUGUUCCGGGACGUGUCUCACCUGCUGCAUCACCAAUUGUGCCGGCACCUGUAUCCACCAACAAUAAUACUCAAUACUCUGCUUGCGAGUCUUCCUUAUCAAACGCCAACCUGUUUGAGGAAAGUGGGCUAGAGUCGGAACCGUCCUGUCUGAACAAUGAUCUGCCAGAAAAAGUGCCUCGUAGGCGUUCUCAAAGCUCCAAUUCCAACCAAUCAUUAGAAUCAGAGGAAGAAGUUUUUUGUUCGAAUCAGAGUAGCGAUGGCGAAGAUCAGGAGUACCAUUCAGCAGACAGCUUUUGCACAAAGCUGUAA